GUCACAGAUAUGGCUCUCAGCUCCUUACACGAAGUCGGCAGGGCGUUUUGACAGCCGAUUACCGGUUGUAUUUGGUUUAUUUGUGACACUAACUGACUAGGAGAAGAAGGACGUGAUGGACAUGUUUAACAGAUUGAAGAGUGCCGUGAGCAAUGCUUUGCCUGGCAACCCACUAUCCCGAGAUUUUGACUUGUACAACCAAAUAGCCAGUGGAGGCCCAGGGAUGUUGUGGAAAAUACAUGGAGGAAUGAAGAAAACUACCAAACAGGAAUCCUCCAUCUUCGUGUUUGAGAAGCGUUGCCUGGAGCGGUAUUCCCGACGCGACCGAGAGAUGAUACUGGACUCAUUGAGGAAGGGGGUGCAGCAGCUAACUAAACUCCGUCACCCCAAAGUCUUGUCUGUAAUGGAACCACUUGAAGAGUCCAGGGAAACACUUGCGUUCGCCACAGAGCCAGUGUUCGGCAGUUUGGCUAAUGUAUUGGGUAACCAUGACAACAUGACAACAGUUCCUAAGGAGCUCCAGGAGUAUGAGCUGUAUGAUGUGGAGGUCAGACAUGGCUUGCUGCAGAUGAUUGAAGGCUUAACGUUCCUGCACAAUGAUGCAAAGAUCCUGCACCACAACAUCUGCCCUGAGUCCAUCAUCCUCAACAAGAAUGGGACAUGGAAGCUGGCGGGCUUCGACUUCUGUGUUCUCAACACCAACACAACAGAUCAGUCGCUCAUUAAAGCUGGUUCCUUUGUGCCGAUGUUUGCGUUCAAGGAGUGGGACUCGGACAUCCCCCCAUGCUGCCAGCCUCACCUGGACUACCUUGCCCCAGAGUACGCCCUCACAAUGAUGUGCAGUCUCGCCAGCGACAUGUACUCUAUAGGGGUGCUCAUAUUUGCCCUCUUCAACAAUGGCAAACCCCUGUUUGAGUGCAGGACUCAACUGUCCACAUUCAAGAAGAAUGCAGAAGAGCUGCGACACUUCCGCUCCACCCUACUGGGCAGCAUCCCUGAUGAACUGAGGGACUACGUCAAACUGUUGCUGAAUAUUGAGCCCACCGUCAGACCGGACCCUGCACAGUUGUCAAAAGUGUCCUUCUUUGAGGAUGUGGGGACAAUGACCCUCCAGUACAUGGACACGUUGUUCCAGAGAGACAAUCUACAAAAGUCCCAGUUCUUCAAGGGGCUCCCCAAAAUAGCUGGCAAACUGCCAAAGCGUGUGAAUCAGCAGCGGAUCCUGCCGGCGUUGUACAAGGAGUGUGUUAACCCAGACAUGGUCCCCUUCGUCCUCCCCACAAUCCUCCUUGUUGCUGAACAGUCCACCGACCGGGAAUACGUCAACCUCAUUCUUCCAGAACUCAUCCCGCUCUUCAAGAUACACGACCCAGUUCAGAGACCACAGUCAACAUACACGGUCUCGCUGAUAUUUCUUCAAAACAUGAACCUGCUCCUUGGCAAGACACCCCAACAAGACAUCAAGACUCACAUCCUGCCCAUGAUAUACCGGGCGCUAGAGGUGGACAACCCACAGAUACAGGAGCUGUGCCUGAACAUUGUGCCUACAUUUGCUGAGAUGAUCGAAUAUUCCUCCCUGAAGAAUGCAAUAGUCCCCAGGAUAAAGAAACUCUGUCAGGCAACCAGCACCUUAACAAUCCGUGUGAACUGCCUGCUGUGUCUGGGCAAGCUGCUGGAGUACAUGGACCGGUGGUACGUCCUGGACGAGAUCCUCCCUUUCCUCCCACAGAUACCCUCCAGAGAACCUGCGGUCCUCAUGAGCAUACUAGGUAUAUACAAGGUGACCAUGGGCCAUGCCAAGCUGGGAAUGACCAAGGACAUGCUUGCCAACAAAGUGAUCCCUUUCCUGGUGCCCCUGUGUAUUGAUAACAACCUCAACCUCAGCCAGUUCAAUGCGUUUGUAGCCACAGUACGUGAAAUGUUCGGCAAGGUCGAGAGUGAGCAGCGCACCAAGCUGGAGCAGCUGGACCAGAUGAAGCAGGAACAGAAGACUCUGGAGAUCUCGAAGAUCUCAAGUCAGGCAGACAAGAACCUGAUCCCUGAUGUUGGGCAGCAGAAGAACCAGACGAUGAUGGACAAGUUCCUGUCAGGGUUUGGGAUUGCUGGUUUGAUGGGUGCCUCCCAGCAGACCGAGCCAAAUGGGGGCCCUGUGCCGGUGGCCGCCCCCUCUACACCCAGGCCCUCUGUCCAGCCACCAGGCACUGCUAAGGUGUCAUUGUCCUUGGAGGAGAAACAGAGGCUAGCUCGACAACAAGAACAGGAGCAGAAGCUGAAAGGACAGCGACCGCUCUCUGCUCACAACACACAGAAUAAACCAAAGACCAAUGACAAAGUGAAAGACCUGACUUCUACCUUGAUGGACACGAACCUCAGAAACAUGUCCAGUACAACGCCCAAAUCUCAGCCCAUGUCCUCCAUGGGAGGCCAGUCAGGUCCAGUGAUGGGAGGCGGUAUGUCCAGUCGCUCAUACGGAAUGUCCAGCUCUUCAUCAACAGGCAGUGGGGGCUACACUGGGAUGAACAGUGGGGGCAGUUUCGGAGGAAUGAACAACAGUUCCAGUUUUGGAUCAAACAAUAGUUCUGGGUUUGGAGGAAUGGGCUCCAUGAACACUGGUGGCCAGAACAAACAAAAAAUGGACAUGUCUGCUUUUGAUUCCUUGUUGCCCAGUUCAAAUCAACCAAAGAAGUCUAUGAAUGAAAUGGCACAACCUAGAACUGUGGGGAUGCCGGGUCAGCAAGGCAUGAUGGGUGGGCAGAGGAUGGGGAUGGUGGGUAAUGUGGGCGUGAUGGGGAACCAGGGCAUGAUGGGAAACCCAGGCAUGAUGGGAUACCAGCAGAACAUGAAUGGAGGUUUUGGACAGAUGGGGAACCAGAUGAACUUUGGAGGUGUGGGGAGUACCGGAUCCAUGCCCACGUCAAAUUCCAAUAUGCUGACUCCCCAAACAUCCAGUCAAGUGAAACCCAGUGGGAAUGACUUAGCUGAUAUUUUCGGCUGAAUUGUUUAUGUUAUCAUUUUUAAAUGUUACCAUGGUUACCAUGGUUUAUUCUCAUAACAAACAAAAGGACUCUACAAAAGGAGCUGUGUUUCAGUUGGUUUUGAAACAUUGUGUUACAGUCGGACAAGUGAAAAAGUCAAAUUAUGAACAUCGUUUUUAUCUCCUGCUCAAGACAUGUCCCUUGAAGUAAAUCUUGUCCGACAAGCUGAGUACUUAAUGUGUUGUUGUUGGGUGAAACUGUUGAAGAUGCAGCAAUAUGGGAAUGUGUAGCAAAUGCUCUUCAAGACACAGCAAUGACACUAGUCAUCAAGUCAUCAAUAAUGUUAUGUUAAUAUAGUUGAGGUCAUGUAUUAGCCUGAUUAUUUGUGCAAUAUGUUUGGGAAAAUGCUCAUGUUUGUACUUACAUUACUGAUUGAGUGGAGGUACCACAGUUUUAUGAUCUGAGUAUAUCCAUCAAUCAAACAUCCUUCUGCCUACUCAGGACAGUAAUCUUCCAAACUGAAUUGUCAUAGAAGCUUCCUGUUUGUAUGUAUGACGUAUUGAAGUCUUGUGGAUUCUGGGUGAGCAGAGGCCCCAGUGCUUCAUGCUUGUAGUACAUGCCAGUUAUCAUGAUUACAGUUUGCCCUGAUAUGGCAGGAAUAUUGCCGAUAGCAUCAACUGACUGUCAUUCAGUCCCACUGGCCCUGCAGCAGUGCUGUAGAUAACACUGUAUGGCCUUAAGUUGUCCUAGUGAUCCAUCUUGGAUUAAAUGGGACACUGUUCUCUAAAAGAUGCAUACUAAGCUAUUCCGAAUACCUGGAGUUCUGCUGCUGUAAAGUAGAAAUAUCCUCCUGGAAAAAGGUUCAGCGCCUCCCUAUCUUUAUUUUCCAAACUUGAGUGUGUCUGUUUGAACUAUGUACACAUGACAUUGAUCUCACUGUGUUACAAGUCUGAGAUGCCACUGAUGAAAGGAGCAUGUGGCCUCAAGCACCAUCCUCUGUAUCUCCAGGCUUGGCAUUUUGGUAAACCUCCACUAACCUCUGGAUCCAUUGCUGUGAUUAUCGCGAUCUCAAAUUACCUGCCCUUGAUUUUCAUGAACAUUUUAUCAACCAAAUGUUGAUGUAAGAAAAAACGAAAUGGGUAAGGGAGGUAACUUGUGUUGCCUAGAAACCAAAACGCCUCAUUUCCAUCAAAAAGAUUUUUUAGGGCUUUCUUUUACAUGUCAGUCAGUAUUUUUAUGUUGAAUUUCUUAUGUUUUUGAUAUUGCCAACCCAACAUUGAGGCUGGUUUGUGACUUGCAUUCUGAGUGGACUGUUAGACUGAGUAGCGUAGCAUGUCAACUGGCUGAUGAAAACUUGGCGGAACCCCGGGAAUAGAUACAGAGGUUAAUGUAGGUUUACCGACAUGUGAGCCCUGGAGGUGUAGAGGAUGUUCAAGUACAGGGUCACAUCAUAGGAUGCAAAAGCGCAGAGGAAGCAGUUGAAAGGGUAGACACAACUUUUACCAUGGAACAGGUACAAAGCAUGUCAUUUCAUGUCACAAGAUUGAAUAAUGGUGAAAGUGGUAGUCCACAAGAACUUAUCCUUUCUGAAUUUUAUUAUGGACAAAUGGACUUCGUUAAUUUCAAACAAUGUUUAUGAUGACAGAAACAUCAUCUCAAGGCAUUAUUUACAGACCUUAACUAGAAAUGUGUGCCUGACUGUGGGGUCCCUUGUUAAUAUUUGUAUGGACUUAUUUAAUGUAAUAUGUCAUAUAUUAGUUACUGUAUCCUAUCAGUAAUAUCUGUGAUGUGUUUGAUUUGGGUUUCAGUACAUAUAUCACCCCACAGAGUAUCAGAUUAUUCAAUUAGACGACUAUUCUUGAGACCAUUCAUCCAUCAAGGUAUACAUUUGUUCUGAUUUAAGAGAUUUGUGAGGGUUAUUAUUAUGAUACAUACAAACUAAACAAGCAGUGCCACUUAUGGCAUUUAGUUUGAAGACAGGGGGCACAGGUGGCCCAGUCGUCUAAGGCUCUGCGAUUCGCUGUGCAGAGUUGCGUCCCUUGGGCACGCCAGAAACCUAUGGUUGUGGGUUCGAAUCCCGGUUCGCCCCGAUUAUGUUUCUA